AUGGUGGUGAAGGCCUGCGACCGCUGCCGCUCGAGUAAGGAGAAAUGCGCCAUUGCGACUGAUAACCCGGCCUGCACCAGAUGCAUUCGCCUGAAGUUACCAUGCUCUAUUUUGCGUCGCAACAAGCGCGUGAGCCGUCGCCUCUCUCCAAAGACUCCGGUGAGUGACACGCAGGUCGCCGUCUCCAGCGUCGAGCUCGUGGCAACCAACAACCAGGCCUCAUACACCGUGUCGAGUCGACGACCGGCGUCGUCAGCUUCGACCUCACCAAGAGAUCGGACGGAAUCAUCAUGGACACCCGAAUGUACAGGGCCUGUGGUGAUAGCACCGGAAAAAUUGCUCGCCUCAACCCUCAAUCUCCAAACCACAUCAGACGCGUUGCGCACCGUGCUAGAUGUGGAACAAUUCUCCGUCAUACAUUUACCUUUUAUGCUGGGCGCCAGCUUCAUUCCCGAGUCUCAAAAGACCGUCUACGCCAUCUUAUGUCUUUCGGCCCCCACUCUGACAGAUGGCUACUUGGCAUUUCUGGGCCUGAUGACCAGCUACCAGAAAUCACUUGUCAUGCGUCGCAGCGAGCCCGAUAUGUUCAAAGCAGCAAUGGGCUUGCAACGAUUGCGAAGUGUAAAGAUCUCCCACGAUUAUGAUGCGGCUUGUGCGCUUUUUCUGGGCCAGACCAUGUAUUUGUUCAACGUGCUUACCGCACCAUAUUCCAAUACUGCCCAUUCAAUUGUCCGGAGCGCGCUCAUGUCCACGAAAAAAUGGGUCCCGCGGCUAUUACAAUUUCCUAUCAUGGACACAGUAACCAUGACACCCAUUCUGAUUGACACGGUGGAAUGCCUUGUUCAUCGUGAAAUCCCUAUUAUACGGCUCCAUCCUCAACAGCGCGUCAUUGUCGACCGAUAUGCCGGCCUGUGUGCGACUCUUCUGCCUCACCUCUAUGACAUCUGCGAAUGCAGCCACACGAUGAAGAGGAAUGUGUUUGAGGCUGGUUCCGAAUCACAUCCUGCUAUCUAUGAUCGACUGGAUAAAAUUGAGGAGAUAGUUCAAUAUUGGCGGCCUAAAACACCCGCUCAUAUUUUCGAGAAUUACGGCCAGCAUGCCGUUCUUGCAAUGGUGACACAGGCGAAUGUUUAUCGCUUGGCGGCUCUCUUGCUCAUUCACCGUUUGCGGCAUCCUCUCGGUGUCGAAGAUGCAGGAGCGCAAAAGCUGGCAAAUAAUAUUUUUGCCGAGUUGGCAUUCUUUGCUAAAUCGUCGGUUAAGGAGACUACCGCUUUACCGGUAGUGUUUCCGUUGACGAUGGCCAUGUUUGAGAUCAAAGGUCCCGGAGAAGAUCUCUUGGAACGAUUGGCCUCGUUCACAGUUCAAAGUACAAGUGCUUCUCGGCUUCAGGAAUUCGUGAGGCUGGUCCGGUCUUCGCGGGAAUCUGGAUUUGAGGGCACUUUGUUCGAUUUGGUGGAGUCACAUCUCCAUGUUGCGAUGCCACCUUAA